CGGAGCCGCUUUCUGGUCGUCUGGGCGGGACGCCGCUCCUCUCUGAGGCCAGGGGAGGAAAAGAGGGGCUUGCAGAGGUGCGGCCUCAGCCUGGCGGGGCUGACGGGGAAGGCCGUGGCGGUAUUUCCUCAUUUUGAAAGCCUUGGGAAACAGGAAAAAAUUUAUAGCAAAAUGUCAGCUUUUCGAAGUCAUUGUCCACAUUUGGAUUCAGUUGGGGAAAUAACAAAAGAAGAUUUAAUGCAGAAAUCUCAGGGUACUUGUCAAGAUUGUAAAGUUAGAGGACCAAAUCUUUGGGCAUGUCUAGAGAAUAGAUGUUCAUACGUUGGCUGUGGUGAAUCACAAGUAGAUCACAGCACCAUACAUUCUCAGGAGACAAAGCAUUAUCUAACUGUGAAUCUUACCACUCUUCGAGUAUGGUGUUAUGCUUGCAGCAAAGAAGUAUUUUUGGAUAGGAAAUUAGGAACUCAGCCUUCAUUGCCUCAUGUAAGACAGCUCCACCAUACACAAGAAAACAGUGUCCAGGAUUUUAAAAUACCCAGUAAUACAACGUUAAAAACUCCUCUGGUUGCUGUAUUUGAUGAUCUGGAUACAGAAGUGGAAGAAGAAGAUGAACUUAAGGCAAGAGGCCUUACAGGUUUGAAAAAUAUUGGAAAUACUUGUUAUAUGAAUGCAGCUUUGCAGGCGCUUUCUAACUGUCCACCUUUGACACAGUUUUUUCUUGAUUGUGGAGGACUUGCUCGAACAGAUAAGAAACCGGCCAUUUGUAAAAGUUAUCUCAAACUAAUGACAGAGCUGUGGCAUAAAAGCAGGCCAGGAUCUGUUGUGCCUACUAAUUUGUUUCAAGGAAUUAAAAGCGUAAAUCCAACAUUUCGGGGGUAUUCCCAGCAGGAUGCUCAAGAAUUCCUUCGAUGUUUAAUGGAUCUGCUUCAUGAAGAACUGAAAGAGCAGGUUAUGGAAGUAGAGGAAGAUACUCAAACUGUAACGACUGAGGAGAGCAUGGAAGAAGAUAAGAGCCAAUCAGAUGUAGAUUUUCAGUCCUGUGAAUCUUGUGGCAGCAGUGAUAAAGCAGAAAAUGAAAAUGGCUCUAGAGGCUUUUCUGAAGAUAAUAAUGAAACAACCAUGUUAAUUCAGGAUGAUGAGAACAAUUCAGAAAUGUCAAAAGAUUGGCAAAAAGAAAAGAUGUGCAAUAAGAUUAAUAAAGUAAAUUCUGAAGGAGAAAUAGAUAAAAAUAGAGACUGUGUGUCUGAAACAGUUGACUUGAACAACCAGGAAACUGUCAAAGUACAAAUACAUAGCAGAGCUUCAGAAUAUAUCACUGAUGUCCAUUUGAAUGACCUGUCUGCACCACAGACCCUUCCAUCAAAUGAAGGCAUUAAUCCACGUUUAUCAGCAAGCCCUCCCAAAUCAGGCAACUUAUGGUCAGGAUUUGCACCCACACACAAAAAAGCUCAAUCUGCAUCAUCUCCAAAGAAAAGAAAACAGCACAAGAAAUACAGAAGUGUUAUUUCAGACAUAUUUGAUGGAACGAUCAUUAGUUCAGUGCAGUGUCUGACUUGUGACAGGGUAUCCGUAACUCUCGAGACCUUUCAAGAUCUGUCCUUGCCAAUUCCUGGCAAGGAAGAUCUUGCUAAACUACAUUCAUCGAGUCAUCCAACUUCUAUAGUCAAAGCAGGAUCAUGUGGCGAAGCAUAUGCUCCACAAGGGUGGAUAGCUUUUUUCAUGGAAUAUGUGAAAAGGUUUGUUGUCUCAUGUGUCCCUAGCUGGUUUUGGGGUCCAGUAGUAACCUUGCAAGAUUGUCUUGCUGCCUUCUUCGCCAGAGAUGAACUAAAAGGUGACAAUAUGUACAGUUGUGAAAAAUGCAAAAAGUUGAGGAAUGGAGUAAAGUUCUGUAAAGUACAAAAGUUUCCUGAGAUUUUGUGCAUCCACCUUAAAAGAUUCAGACACGAACUGAUGUUUUCCACCAAAAUCAGUACCCAUGUUUCAUUUCCGCUAGAAGGCCUGGAUCUUCAGCCGUUUCUUGCCAAGGAUAGUCCCACUCAAAUUGUGACCUAUGAUCUUCUGUCAGUCAUUUGCCAUCAUGGAACUGCAAGUAGUGGACACUAUAUAGCCUACUGCCGAAACCAUUUUAAUAACCUCUGGUAUGAAUUUGAUGAUCAAAGUGUCACUGAAGUUUCAGAAUCUACUGUACAAAAUGCAGAAGCUUAUGUUCUUUUCUACAGGAAGAGCAGUGAAGAGGCACAAAAAGAGAGGCGAAGGAUAUCAAAUUUGUUGAACAUAAUGGAACCAAGCCUCCUUCAGUUUUAUAUUUCUCGACAGUGGCUAAAUAAAUUCAAGACCUUUGCUGAACCUGGCCCCAUUUCAAAUAAUGACUUUCUCUGUAUUCAUGGAGGUAUUCCUCCACGUAAAGCUAGUUAUAUCGAAGACCUGGUUUUGAUGCUGCCUCAGAACAUUUGGGAUAAUCUAUAUAGCAGGUAUGGAGGAGGACCAGCUGUCAAUCAUCUAUACAUUUGCCACACUUGCCAGAUUGAGGUGGAAAAAAUUGAAAAAAGAAGAAAAUCUGAAUUGGAAAUGUUUAUUCGGCUCAACAGAGUAUUCCAGGAAGAGGACUCUCCAGCAACUUUUUAUUGCAUCAGUAUGCAGUGGUUUCGAGAAUGGGAAAGUUUUGUGAAGGGUAAAGAUGGAGAUCCUCCAGGUCCUAUUGACAACACUAAAAUUGCAGUCUCUAAAUGUGGAAAUGUGAUGCUUAGGCAAGGAGCAGAUUCUGGUCAAAUUUCUGAAGAAACAUGGAAUUUUCUACAGUCCAUAUAUGGUGGAGGGCCUGAAGUUAUCCUGCGACCUCCAGUUGUUCAUGUCGAUCCUGACAUACUACAGGCAGAAGAAAAGAUUGAAGUAGAAACACGGUCUUUGUAAUUUAGAGGAUACAGAAUGUCCUGAUGAGAAAUCAUUUUCAUUCCCCUUGACAUAUACACAUGCACAGCAUUCCUGAAAGCAUGUUUAUUUCCUUGAUUCUUUAUUCCCUCUUACUGGGCAUUAUGGAAGAAUAUUUUAAAAUGCAUAAUAUACUACAGGUUGGUAUAUUUAAUACUAAGUAAUUUACCAUAAGAUCUUUCAUUGUAGUAUUUUUGAAAGAGAAGGAACAAUUGUGAUAAGUUGGUUUGGUAAUCAGUAGAUUAUCCUUGAUCUGUGUACUACAUGCAAAGCCAUGGUAUUCUUUGUAGUGUUGUAAAUACUUUUGUGUUAAAAACUUUUUUGUUACCCUAUACUGUAGGUCUGACCAGUCUUUUCAGUUCUCCGAAAACCUAGUUUAAUUGUCUAGUUUUGACAAGGCUUCAUAUAAUAAAGAGCCUAUUUUAAAUAGUAGUUAGAAUUUUGUUAAUUUCCUAAAGCUCAGGAAACAUUAGGGUGUCACUUCUUUUGCACUGCAGCAUAUAAACUAGCAUAUUAAAAUUUGCAAAAUGUCUUUUCUGAAUGUGUCAAGGAUGUAUUUAGUAUGGGUGCAGUUUGUGUUAGUACAUACCAGUAACUUAUUGCCUCUAAUACUGUAAGGUUAAGCUUCAAUUCCUGUAAUCUUGAAUAGUACUCAUUAGUAUAUAUAUAUAAAAAAAUAAUCCCUUAGAGUUAGUUUUAGGUCACUUUUUAUUUUGAGAGCAUGAAGUGUGGAAUGUCUCAGUGAGAUUGUUAAUAAAGCUGAAGGCACUUGCAAAAAGAUUUUUUAAUGAAAUGCAUAAAAUCUUUUUGAAUAGUACUGUAUGUAUCACAUCUUUGCUUGAUUAUGCAAUGUCAAAGGUUUUACUAUAUUCCAAGUAUUAGAACAUACUGGAUUACUUGGGCAGUGUCAGUAGCAUUCAUGAUGGCUUUGUUUUGAUUUGGUGCAGCUGCCACCAGUGCUAAUUAUUCAAAUUAGUUCAAUAAAAAUGAUUUUAAAACUUA